UUCAUCUCAAAACAGAGAAAGAAAGCUCAAACAAAAAAAAUGGCAGUCUCCUUCCAUUCUCGAUCUAACAGCUACCCUUCAAGACAACACCCUCAAGCCGCUCAUGUUGAUGAGCAGUUGACCCGAUUGAGAUCUUCUGAGACAGCUUCUUCAUCUUCUUCCAUCUGUCAAAGACUUAGUAACCUUCAAGAUUUACAUGAUUCUCUUGAAAAGAUGAUUCGCUUAACAGUCACCAACCAGGCUUUAUCUCAAGAUCAGAUUGAAAAGCUUCUUGAUGGAUCCAUCAAGAUCUUGGAUUUAUGCAACAUUGCCAAGGAUAGUUUGUCACAAACGAAAGAGAGUCUCAAGGAGAUCCAAUCGAUUGUAAGAAGAAAGCGUGGAGAUCUAUCCGCUGAGGUCAAGAAAUACUUAGCCUCAAGAAAGUUUCUCAAAAAAUCAUUCCAAAAAGUACUCAAGAGUUUGAAAACCGGCGAAAACAAAAACAACGAUUUGGCUGUGUUUGGAGAAGCGGAAACUGUAACAAUUGCUUUGUUUGAAACUCUAUUUAGCUUCAUGUCCGGAUCAAAGGCUUGUGGCAAAUGGUCAGUGGUCUCAAAGAUGAUAAGCCAAAGCAUAGCUACAUAUGAAGCUGAAGCAAAUGAAUUCACGAUAGUCGACUUGGAGUUCCAAUCAGAGAAGUCUUUGAAGGUGGAGAAUGUGCAGAUCUUAGAGUCAUGCAUUCAAGAUCUUGAAGAUGGAAUUGAGUCACUCUCUAAAUCAUUAAUCAAAUACAGAGUCUCAAUUCUUAACAUCUAAUUGGUCAUUGUGCCCACAAAUUUUUGUAUAAAUAGGAUAUGUAAAUGUUAACAUAAUACAACGUUCUUUG